UUCCACUUUAUAGCUUUCUACAAUAUCAUAUCCAUCUUUGCCCCAAUAUCUCCACUUCCCCUUUUCCCUUUUUACCUUCUUUCAUUUCUUUUGACAACUUUAUCUCCAAAACAACAUGGCACACAACAACACCACCCACAGGCGCAUUUUAGCAGCUCCAGACCAUAAUCCUAAAACUUCCAUUUCCAUGGAUCCCACUCUCAAAAAGCAACCAAAACCCACCCCCUUUACCUCCAAGAGUACUAUACACAACAUCUCCAAUCAAUUUUCCCAUCUCAAUGCAAAUCACAAAAUUCUUAAAUCUGGGCAUACAUCAUAUUCACUUGACACACACUUGAACCCCAAAUCUUGGACUGAUUCAUCAUGCUCAGCUCUGACCAAGUCAAAGAGCCAACAGGGGAAAACAGAGGCAAUUAUCAAGAAAGUACCCCAAAGGGGUAAAGAGUUUCACAAAGAGGUGGAUGUUAAAAGGGGUUCUGUUAAUUUGUGUAAAAGUCAAGAAAUUGAAAAGUUCAAGGGGUUUGAUGAGAUAAAAAAGCAAUCUUUAUCAGUUUUAUUGAAGAAUAAUGGAAGGAGGAAAUCAUUUUGUGGUUCACAAAUGGAGCUGACUGAUUUCUUUUCUUGUAGUGGUGUCAAAGUUGUGUCUGUAGAUAUGCCACCAUUUAUGCAGAUUCAUGCUGUUAAUUGUGCAAGAAAGACUCAUGAUAGCUUGGAAAAGUUUACAUCUAAAGCUCUUGCACUUACCCUCAAAAAGGAAUUUGAUGAAGUGUAUGGACCAGCAUGGCAUUGUAUAGUAGGGACCAGUUUUGGUUCUUUUGUAACACAUUCUAUUGGUGGUUUUAUGUAUUUUUCUAUGGAUCAUAAGAUAUAUGUACUCCUAUUCAAGACUACUGUACAAAAAGCAGAAUCUAGUUUUAAAUCUUGAGGUAAAAAUGUGGUGUCCAUGUAGUUUAUUGUACAUUUGUUUAAGGAAACAAUCAAGUGCAGUCCUAUUAUUUGCCCUACUUA